AUGACUAGUCUUGUUUCGCUUGAUUUGUCUACCAAUCGGUUCAGUGGGAAGAUUCCCGAUAACUUACCUUCCUGCCCACGACUAAAGACUUUAAAUUUUGCGAAGUUCAACUUCGCUGGGCAAAUCCCAGAAAGCUUCAAGAAUUUUCAGAGUCUUUCUCACCUUUCCCUCUCAAACUCCAGUAUUUCCAAUCUUACAGCGGCUCUUGAAAUUUUACAGCAUUGUAGAAAAUUGACCACUCUGGUUCUUUCUUUGAAUUUUCGAGAUGAAGCAAUGCCAACUUUUUCUAGGCUACAGUUUACUAGGCUCGAGGCUCUUCUUAUUGCCAACUGCAGACUGACGGGUACAAUUCCUCAGUGGUUGAGUGGGUGUACGAAUUUGCGACUGCUGGAUUUGUCCUGGAACCGUAUGGAGGGUACAAUUCCACCUUGGUUCGGCAAUUUCCAAUUUAUGUUCUACUUAGAUUUAUCGAACAACUCUUUUACGGGGGAGAUUGCAAAAGAACUUACUAGACUACAGAGCCUCAUCUCUGGCAAUUUCUCAUUGAAGGAUCCAUCCGUGGAUUUCCCAUUUUUCCUGAAAAAGAACGUCAGCCAUGAAGCUUUAUCGUAUAGACAAAUUUUAAGCUUUCCUCCUACUUUGGAACUUGGUAAUAACAUUUUCACCGGACCAAUUUGGCCAGAGUUUGGCAAUCUGAAAGGAUUACAUAUUUUGGAUCUGAAAUGCAACAAUUUGUCGGGGUCCAUCCCCAGUGAACUUUCCCGCAUGACAAACUUAGAAACUUUAGAUUUAUCCCAUAACAGUCUGAAUGGGACGAUACCUCUUUCUUUAGUUAACCUCAGCUUUUUGUCCGAGUUCAGUGUUGCUUAUAAUAAACUGCGUGGAGCAAUUCCUACUGGAGGCCAGUUCCUUACCUUUUCAAACUCAAGCUUUGAAGGGAACCCAGAUCUCUGUGGUGAGAAUGGUACUUAUCCUCGUCCCAAUGGCAAUCAAGUACCAGAUCUAUCAGCGAACAGAUCAGGAAUACCAAAAGGCACUAUUAUUGCAAUGGCUGUCAGAAUUGGACUCGGAACUGUUUUUAUUGUUUACUCUUGUGUCCUCGAUCAUUAUGUGUGCAAGUAG